AUGGUGGAGUUCCAAUCAGGUGAACCAGUCCAGUUCCUCAAGGAUAGCUUGCCUUGCAAAAGACAAAGCCGUAACCCAAGUGUUGUCCAUCAUAUCCAGCUUCUGUCUGCGCUGUAUGCUGCAGACAGAGGUUCAUGUUUAACCCAUUCUUACCUAACUGAACUGAAAGGUCUUGCCAAACUGAGUGGUACAGAUUUUGAGAAGGUUUUGCUAGAUGAGCUGGCCAGAAUGAAGAAGUCCACUGAGAGUAACCCCGCAGUUGGACCAAAUGUAACAGUGCCUAAUCAGAAUCUGCAGCUCACUAGUGACACAGACCAAGAUGAACCAGCCAUCAUAGAGCAUCAAAGUCCUGUUAAACUGGGCAGUGAUUUAACCCACUUGCCUGAGCAUGACUCUCACUCAUCCUCUCCAAGUGUAGAGGUGACUCCCUCGCACAGAAAAACCACUAUCUACUUACCACCUGAACAGCUCACUACACCUGAAGUACAGAGAGUAGUAGUUGAGCAUGUCAUUAAGAACAAUGAAAUGCCUUCUCAAGGUCAUGCAAAGCUCAGGCCCUUCUCGGGGAAAACCCCUUGCUCUACCUUCGAAGCUGAUUAUGAUACGUGGCGCAACAAUGUUGAAUUCCACCUCACAGAUAGUACCAUAUCUGACAAACAUAUGGUAAGGAAAAUAGUUGAGAGCCUUCUUCCACCAGCUGCUAACAUUGUAAAGCACCUUGGUCCUAACGCUUCUCCCCAUGACUAUCUCAGCCUUCUUGACUCAGCGUAUGGUACUGUUGAUGAUGGGGAUGAGCUUUUUGCCAAAUUCUUGAGCACAAACCAGAACUCAGGUGAAAAGCCUUCUGCCUAUUUACAGCGGUUGCAGAUAACCCUGAGUAAAGUCAUUAAAAGAGGCGGCAUCACUACAAAUGAUUCAGAUCGCCAACUGCUUAAACAGUUUUGUAGAGGUUGCUGGAACAACAGCUUGAUCACAACCUUGCAGCUUGAGCAGAAGAAGGACAAGCCACCUUCAUUUCCAGAGUUGCUCCUCUUGCUACGUACUGAGGAGGAUCGGCAAGCGGCAAAGUCCAGCCGAAUGAAACAGCACUUAGGCAUCUCUAAGCCUAAGGCGCAUUUAAACUCCCUUGAAGUAGGAGAGUAUGUCACGGAUGAUACAGACGUAUCAGCUGUUAAUGAUAGGCCAGUGUCUUUUGAUGCACAUAAGUUAGAAAAGAAACUUGCAAAGCUACAAGCUCAAGUGGCUUCGCUGAAAGCAUCAGCUAUUGACAGUUCAAGCCAGAACUCUGACAAGCCAAAUAAAAAAACCAAACCUAAGUUCAAGGUUCUUCCUAAGGAGAAAUCUGACCCAAGCGAGACUAAGCUUACUAAGAAGCCACGCCCAUGGUACUGCUUCAGGUGCGGCGAGGAUGGUCAUAUUGCUCCCUCUUGCAACAAUGAACCAAACCCUGAACUGGUUGAAAUGAAACAACAUCCCAUUCAGCCCAUCAGGGGCCUGGAUGUUGAGGCGGCUAGUGGCCAAAAUGUUCCUUACUUGGGAUACAUACCCAUCAGCCUUAAGUUUCCAAAAAGCUUUAUUGAAACUGAGCCUGAGGUUUCUAGUCUUGCUUUAGUAGUGCCUGACCUACGCUCUAACUGUGACCUACCUGUGCUGAUUGGGACAAAUGCACUUGAUGUUCUGUACGACGAAUAUUGUCAGGGUAAAGAUCCCAAUGAUUUGUCGCCGGUCUAUGGCUACAGGCAGAUCCUUCGUACACUCAAGGUCAGGAGAGAGAUAAACCUAGCCGGAAACGAUGGCUUUGUAACUCUUAAGGGCAAGGUGCAACAUGUAGUACCAGCUCAAGGGAGAGUCCUCCUUGAAGGCUGUGUCAGAUCCAGCAGUGCUGGUGAAUGUGCCAUCGUUGAGCAGCCAACGACAUCCACCUUACCAGGGGGAAUUUUUGUGGAGUGCUGUCUUGUCACUUUGCCCAAGCAGCAUCCUCAUAGGUUACCUAUAUGGCCAGUUGAUGAACCUGCUCACCCAGAUUUGACAUUUGACUUUGGCAAUUCUCCCCUCCCGCAGGAGUGGAAAGAGAGGGUUACCCAGCGUCUAAGUGCCUAUGCUGAUGUUUUUGCCCAGCAUGAUUUGGAUUUUGGGCAUGUAUCUAAAGUGAAACAUCACAUAAACUUAAAGGACGAAGCACCCUUUAAGCAAAAGUCCAGGCCAAUCCACCCAAAUGAUUAUGAAGCUGUGAGGAAGCACUUGCAAACACUCCUUGAUGCAGGAGUAAUCCGUGAAUCAGAGUCCCCUUAUGCUUCACCAAUUGUGGUGGUCAAAAAGAAGAAUGGAGAGGUCCGUCUUUGUAUUGAUUAUGGCAAGCUCAAUGCGUUAACAAUACGAGAUGCGUACGCACUUCCAAACCUUGAAGAGGCUUUUUCAGCCCUUGCUGGAUCCAAAUGGUUUUCAGUAAUGGAUCUCAAGUCUGGUUAUUAUCAGAUUGAGAUGGAGGAAUGUGAUAAGCCCAAGACAGCUUUUGUGUGCCCUUUGGGAUUUUACGAGUUUAACCGUAUGCCCCAGGGGAUCACCAACGCUCCCAGCACCUUCCAGCGCUUAAUGGAACGGUGUAUGGGCAGCCUCAAUCUGAAAGAAGUUCUGGUGUUCUUAGAUGACAUCAUCGUGUUCUCCAGCACCUUGGAGGAACAUGAAACCAGGCUUCUACGUGUCCUUCAGCAACUGAGAGAACAUGGGUUGAAGCUUUCUCCCCAAAAGUGCUCCUUUUUCCAAAGUUCAGUGCGAUACCUGGGACACAUUGUGUCUAGCAAAGGUGUAGAGACUGAUCCUGAGAAGGUCAGAGCUCUCAAAACCUGGCCAAGACCCCAGACGCUCAGUGACCUCAAGUCUUUUCUAGGCUUUGCAGGGUACUAUCGACGGUUUGUGAAGGACUAUUCAAAAAUUGUCAAACCCCUGAAUGAUCUUACCAAAGGCUACCCACCAUACAGGAAAGGCAGAAAGGUGACACCCGGUCCUAGCGGGUACUUGAACCCUAAAGAGCCUCUUUCCAGCCGUUGGACCCCUGCUUGUCAGGAAGCUUUUAAGGUAAUCAUAGAGAAACUGACAUCAGCUCCAGUGCUUGGAUAUGCUAACCCAAAAUUACCAUACAUCCUCCAUACUGAUGCAAGCACCUCUGGGCUAGGGGCAGCCUUGUAUCAAGAACAGGAUGGUGAAGUGAGGGUUAUUGCCUACGCGAGUAGAGGACUUUCACCCAGUGAAAAGCGUUAUCCGGCUCACAAACUGGAAUUUCUUGCAUUAAAGUGGUCCAUUGUAGAGAAGUUCCAAGAUUAUCUCUACGGGAACAUGUUCAUGGUGUUAACAGACAACAACCCAUUGACCUAUGUUUUGAAGUCAGCCAAGCUUGAUGCUGCCAGCUAUCGCUGGUUGGCCGCUCUCUCCACCUUCGACUUUAAUAUUAAGUAUCGUGCUGGUAAGAGCAAUCAAGAUGCAGAUGGCCUCUCUAGGCGGCCACAUGAUACUGUGGGUGAUGACUAUGCUUCUCUUGAAGAAAAAGAGCGAAUGAAACAAUUCGCUUCCCAUCAUCUCUCUUCAUCUUCCAACCGACAAGAUGUGACAGCUGACACAUUCAGUGUCUUGUGCCACCGUCAUCUCUUAGGUGAAUCUGACAAUAGCCUACCUUCUAUCACUUUGGUAGAGUCCCUUGCUCUACACGCCGAUGCGGUGCCAGACGUCUAUGCUGAUGAUGGAACAUUGGGUUGUUCUGUCAUACCUACUUAUAGUGAGGUAGACCUCCAACAACAUCAGAGGUCUGACCCAAUUAUUGGGUAUGUGGUCAACAUGUUAGAAAAUGGAGGUGAAGCUGAUUCCAAUCCUAACUCUGGAUCCGUAGAGCUUAAACUAAUGCUCAAAGAGUGGAAACGGUUGGAACUGAAAAAUGGUCUCCUCUACAGAACCCGCAAAUCAGGUGAAGAUGUCACCUUUCAGCUUGUCGUCCCUCACUCUUUAAGGUCCACCAUUCUCACUUGCCUUCAUGACAACAUGGGGCAUAUGGGUUUGGAGAGAACCCUUGACUUGGUUAGGUCAAGAUUUUAUUGGCCUAAAAUGGCAACUGAUGUAGAGAGAAAGAUUAAGUCUUGCGGACGUUGUGUUAGAAGGAAGACACUUCCUGAAAGAGCAGCACCUCUUGUGAGUAUUCAAACAACCCGUCCCAUGGAACUGGUAUGCAUGGACUAUUUAUCCUUGGAGCCUGACAGUCACAACACCAAAGACAUUCUGGUCAUAACUGAUCAUUUUACCAAAUAUGCUGUUGCUAUGCCAACGAAAGACCAAAAGGCUACAACAGUUGCGAAGUGUCUUUGGGAGCAGUUUUUGGUGCAUUAUGGUUUUCCUGAGCGCCUGCUUAGUGAUCAGGGCAGGGAUUUUGAGUCUCAACUCAUUAAAGAGCUCUGUGCCCUAGCUGGUAUCACGAAGGUGCGCACCAGUCCUUAUCAUCCAAGGGGAAACCCAGUUGAACGGUUCAACCGAACUCUUCUUGGCAUGUUAGGAACUCUACAAGACAAACAGAAAACUCACUGGCGCGAUUAUGUGAAACCACUAACUCACGCCUAUAAUUGCACCAAGAACGAGACCACUGGGUUUAGCCCAUACGAGUUAAUGUUUGGUCGCCAGCCUAGGCUUCCAGUGGAUAUUGCAUUCUGCCUGCCAGUUAAAGAUGGCUCUCCUACAUCUCACUCUCAGUAUGUGAGAGCUCUGAAGGCUCGCCUUCAAGAGAGCUAUCAGAUCGCUGCCAAAAACUCUCAAAAGGUUGCUGAACGGAAUAAACGCCGUUUUGACAAAACUAUCAGGGAGUCAACUUUGGAGAAGGGUGAUCAAGUGCUAGUGCGGAACCUGCGACUUCGGAAUAAACACAAGCUUGCAGAUAAGUGGGAGUCAACCAUGUACAGAGUGGUGGAAAAGAUGGAAGAUCUACCUGUGUAUGUUGUACAGCCUAUGAAUGGAGAUGGUCCUAUUCGAACUCUUCACAGGGAUCUCUUACUCCCUUGUGGUGACUUAUCUGAAGCUGAGGAAGUUGACCAGGUCGAGCCAAAAAGUUGCAGGCCGAGAACGAGGCGCAGUCAGCCUCUGUUACUUGAGGAGCAAUCAGAGUCUGAAGAUGACUCACCUGUCUAUCCUAGGCAAUCUUCUGUCAUUCCUGAAAGGUUUGUUCAGGUGUUUGAAAUCCCGAAGAGACGACAGCAAACAGGAAAAACAGUACCGGAGGGUAGUUGUAUACCAGCUAUGCCAGCAGUCUCUGUAACCCCUCAGCCUUGGGAUGAGCCUUGCAGGGGCAGCUCCCCUUUGCUGCCUGCAGAGCCUGUAGGGGUAUCUCCUGAAGUAGCUGAAGGAGAGGAGCCAGAUGUUGUGGCUGAGCAACUCCCUACUGAAGAUGAUGUAACUUUACCAACUAUGACUAAUCAAAAAUCAGCUGUGGCUGAAGACAGCAUUGAUGUACCAUCCAUUGAUGUAGAGGCUCCUAUAGCUAUGGAACCCAUUGAUCUGAACCCACAAACUCCUGAAGUAGCUCUGGAGCAUAAGGAAACUGUUGAAAGUGCAGAAACAAAUGAUCAUGUUCGUAAGUCAGAAAGGACACGUCGACCACCAGGGCGCUUCCAUUAUCCUGAGUUGGGAAAUCCGUUAAUUUCCUUUGCGCAGAGCCUCCUAGAGAGCUUUAACCAAGUACUUUAUACAAUAGGUGACUAUGAGAGUUCAUCUGUAGACCACAGCGUGACGCAUGAAGGGGCUCAUGCUAGGUCAAAGGGGGAGGGUGUAACCCAUGUGAAAUACAGGGCUGUAAAAUCCCUUUUUGUUAUUUAAGGCUAUAGCCUGUUAUUGUCACAAGGGGGUGCUGUGAUGCAGUCUUGUGUUCUGACGACCUUGCGUCUAGUGCGCAGGAAGUAUUACCUGUCUCUUCCUGUGAGAUCUUCCCUCUGAUGGCGAUCAAGUACAUGCCGGAGCGCAUGGAAAAAGUAUCUUGGCCCCGAACUCUGACCACAAAGGGAAUAACGUCUGUCGAGUUAUUUGUGUUGGAAAAUCCCGAUUGGUUUUUUGAACUACCAGAAAGGAUUCUGGAGAACCACUGA